AAGGCGGACUACUGAAAAGUGAAAGUAGUUAGCCUUUGCCUUUCGUUUCUUCCUCCGCUUUAUUUCGCUCGAACUAAUCGUAUCAGAGCGAACGUGUCCAUCAUGAAGUACGUCACGGUUCUUUUCACGCUCUCCAUGUUAGCAAAGGUCUGCCUCUUUGGAUCGGUAAAUAAAACUGUUCCGUUCAAUACAUUGAACCACCUCAGAAGCAUCUCCAAAAUGUCCAAAUUCGACUUGCCGGAUCGUCUGAGAGGCAACGAGAAAUCAGUCUGGGUCGAGUAUAUUCAGCUUGCUUUGCAGUACAAACCGUUGAAUCUGGGCCAGGGCUUUCCCGACUACUAUGCGCCGGAGAACGUGACCAAUGCUCUGGCUGCUAUUGCCAAGAGUGACAAUCCACUUCUGCAACAGUACACCAGAGGAUUCGGCCAUCCAAGAUUGGUGAACGCAUUAGCAAAAUUCUACUCGAAGCUCAUCAAUCGCGAUUUAGACCCGAACAAGGAAGUGUUGGUCACCGCUGGCGCCUACGAAGCGUUGUACUCCACUCUGCAAGGCCACACUAAUGCAGGAGAUGAGUGGAUCAUUAUUGAACCCUUCUUCGACUGCUAUGUACCGAUGGUACAGAGUGCUGGGGGAAUACCCAGAUACAUAGCCCUGAAACCGAAAGUUACCUCGGGCAAUGUUACCUCUGGCGAUUGGGUAUUCGACAGGAAAGAGAUGGAAAGUCUUUUCAACGAUAAAACCAAAGGCAUCAUCAUUAACACACCGCACAAUCCAAUAGGCAAAGUUUUCACGCUGGACGAGCUGCAGUUUAUCGCCGAUCUCGCGAAAAAGUGGAAUACUCUCGUAGUGUCCGACGAGGUUUACGAACACAUUGUGUACGAGCCAUAUAAGCACAUUAGAAUCGCAACGUUACCCGAUAUGUAUGAACGCACAAUUACUAUCGGUUCGGCGGGCAAGACGUUCAGCGUUACCGGCUGGAAAAUCGGUUGGGCCUAUGGACCGGCAAAUUUAAUGUUUAAUCUACAAGUGGUGCAUCAGAAUACUGUUUACACGUGCUCCACGCCGAUUCAGGAGGCUGUGGCCAUCGGGUUCGAGUUAGAGAUGGAACGCUUUGGCCAGCCGGAGUGCUAUUUCCAUAGUUUGGCGCAGGAGUUGUUACCGAAACGCAAUUACAUGGCCAAGUUCCUACGGGAUGUUGGUAUGGUGCCGACUAUACCUGAGGGCGGAUAUUUUAUGAUUGCGAAUUGGACCGCGUUGGAAAAGAGAGUCAAGUUGAACGAGGAAAUGGAUGAGAACAAGGAUUAUAGGUUUACCAAAUGGAUGACGAAGAACGUCGGCCUCCAAGGUAUCCCGCCUUCGGCAUUUUACGGUCCUGAGCACAAGCAUUUGGCCGAAGACUACGUUCGUUACUGCUUCAUAAAGAAAGACGAAAAUUUGAAAGCUGCUGCCGAUAUUUUGAAGAAAUGGGCGUCUAACAAAUUGUAAAAUUGUAUAUAUAUAUAUAUAUAUAUAUGUGUACAUAUGGACGGUAUUUCCAAAACUGCUUUUUCCACGUUAAUUCUGACAAUAUGCGUACUUUUGCAUAAAUUUAAGAUUUACAAAUUUUCCAUAUAAAUCAAAUUAACAUACGCAGAUACAUAGAGGAAAGUUUUAUAUGCGUUAUAUUCCUGCAAUUUGCUGAUAAAUUUCUAUGAUCUCUUCAUAAUACGUUGUGUGCGCAACGUCGUCGUGAAGUCCAAUUGCAAGGUGAGGAGUCCCUUCGCAGCCACUUCUUGGCAUUUCUCGUAUCAGCUCCGAAGGUUUUGCCGCAUCUGCAAAGUAAAUAAAGUUGAACAGAAA